AUGUACGAUCAAGUAUACGAGACAGAGCGCUUUCGCGUAGACGCCCAGUUAUUGGCGCAAUUUUUACACGUUCUCAACAACACGGCUGGCGAUACUGACUCCUUCGAUCCUGAUACGGACAAUGAAACUGGAGUAGCAGAUGUCAAAUUUGACGAGAAAGAAGUUUCUGCUUUGCUGCAAAAGAUGCGCAGAUCGAAACCAGAUGGUGGGAUCACCGAGAUUGUGAACGAUAGCGACACGGCAAGAGACGAAGUGAUAAGACUGGCAAAGCAAGCGCUGCAGAAAAACUCAACUAGAUAUGAUUCCAAAGUUGCCGCGCCUAUGACCCAUAUAUUCUAGAAGAAAAAGCCCGUUAUACACCAACGAACUCUAUAUAUAUACACGAACACACACACGCACAUGCACACUCACACAAGCACGUGUGCACACACGCACACAUGCACACAUACAC